CUCUACGCUCUGUCGGAAUUCAAUCUCUUCAAGAUUGACAGUAAUCACGUGAAAAUUAUCGAUAAUUCUAGUUUCAAAUUCACUCGCAUGUUAUAACUUCCUGUUUUACGUAUAGCGUAAGGAACUUGAAUGUUGGAUGAACUGUUUCAGGCAUGUCUCAAAAGGUAGACGAUGCACGUGAUGCGGAAAGCUGAAAUUAUGAACUUCAAGAUGCGGGCGUAACCCAGGCUUCAAACGUCAGGUAAAAAGUGAAGUCCGAGAUACGACAAAUGCGAAAAGAGGUGCAGAAAAUCAUCGUUCAAGUCCGGAAAUUUGAACCGUUGAAAAUAGGAAGUAACGGAUGUGACGGCAGAACAAAGAAUUUAGAAAACGGGAGUGAAAAGGCAUAACACGUAUGGUAGAGGUAGAAGGUAAGCUUUGAGCUUGAAAAUUGCUUAGCACAGGAUACAAGGAAGCAAAACCGAACGAAUGCAGAUUUUAAGAAUGUUGAGAUAGAGUACGGAAUACGGAAGUUACAAUGACGAAAGAGACGCGUCGGCAUCGAAUAUUGAGCAGAUACGAUAUGAAACCAGAGGGUGAAGUACGAACUUGCGAGCUGCGAACAGAUCGGAAAACAGAGUGUGCGAGGUCGCAGGAACGAGGUCAAUUUCGGAGUGCAUCCAAACUGGUGGAAACAAAACUCGAAUAUCCGUCCUCCCGGAGGAUGGUUUGGAAAGCACGCAGCGCCCGGUUCGCCCCGGCGUAACAUCGCGUCGCCUCGAGUCUCUUGAGCGUUUGUCGAGUUGUACUUGUCAGGUCGCCCUGGCGAGCCGAGGUCCGAGGGGAUCCGAGGGGGGCCGAGGAAGAGGUGGAGCCUGUCGGUUUCGGGUGGGGAACGCGGAGGCCGUCCAACCGACGCUGGCCGCCCCACUUUUCCUGGUUCUAUUCCGCUCCGCGAGGGGCGCUGGCCGCCGUCGACGCCGCUCCAUCUGGCCGUUCCCUCACUCCACAACGCGGCCCGGGCCGAGUGUGUUCGCCACAGCGCAGCGCGAGCCCCCGAAUCCAUCGUCACAGCACAUGCGCGAGGCCAGUGCGCGAGAUGCGUCAGUCAAAAUCGACACCGAGGACCCCGAUGCCCCGACGAUUCUAUAUGUAAUGUAAAAAAAGAUAAAGAGAACCCGGUUCCCCGACGCGCCGCGCGGUUUCCUCGUCGAGUGUCCCCCGCACGGGCUUCGAUAAUUCGACUCGCAUCCCGAAACAAGUUUUAAUACAGUGUUUUUUGCGUAUCUCGACAGUGCGUGUGGUGUGUACAAAAGCAGUGUGCCGACGGACCGGGUCUUUGUAUUACAAACGGAACAUCGGUAUCUCGAGGGAUCGGCAGCCAUCGGCCGACAGUCUUUAUUUUCUUUUUUUCUUCAACUCGAGAAAAUAUUCUCGCGUCGCCCGCAAGCUUCGGGGGUUCAAAGUUCGCUCUGACCGGUGUGGAACUGGAAUUCUCUCGCAGGGCAGCUUGCGCAGCAGCUCGGCAAAGCUAUUUUUCACGAGCUCCUUCGCAACUUGAGAUAAAAGGAGGGAGAAUAAACCUUCGAAACACUCCGGGCCCAAGAUUCUCGCGAAUCUUCGACACCCGGAAGAGCACAACGAGCACGCGACAGGAUAUCGAUCGACCCUCGAUCAUCCGACGAAAUUCGGCUGUGUCCUGGUCGGGAUUAAGUGAUCGACAAAUCCGCAAGGUUCUCAGCUCGGGUCAAACAUCCGCGGUGAGUGUUCUCCACGGGACGGAAUAUGCCGAGGAUGAAAACGGGGCCGCCAAAGUGAGGCUGACAGUGAUACCCUGAACCGGAACGAAGAAUCAUCGGCACACGACCCGGUGUGGAAAUCGUCGCGAUCGUCAGUGCGGUUCGUUUCUAAGACAAAUUUAAACUUGGUGAACGUUGCGAGGAGCCAAUCUUGUUCGCGGAGCGGCUCAAGGACGCAGGGAACUCUUCCGAGUGUGCAUCGAGUGCCGAUCGAGCGAUCGAUAGAUCCGGCGAUCGUUGACCUCGGCCGGUAAAUCGGCGCCCCCGCCCUCCCAAAUACCGGCCACCUUUUAUGCUCGGGUCAAAAGUGUCGCGCCCCCUUUCGAGGAGGUAGCGUCUUCGGGCGGGUUGGACGACGCUCGGCAGACGCCAUCUCCGCGUCACCGGCGUCCCGGUCCCCCGGCCCCCUCCCACCUGCUUCUCGCCCUCAACCCCACGGCGGGAACCACCCCGCGACAGCAGCCACCCUGAUGGGGGUGUAUGAGGAGCGCGCCCCUCCCACCACCGGCAUGCAUUGGCAGCCUCCAAGCUCCCAGGAGCGUGGCAGCGGCUUGGGUCUGGGGUGCCAAAGUGGGCCAGGAGGCGCCGUGGGGGGUCCCGCCUCCGUUGACCAGGCACGCGACCUCUCCCCCUGCCUUCCGGCGUCGAUGGGCGACGCCGCGCGACCGACGACCCUGCCCUGCAGCCCGCCGAGCGGCCAUCACCACGGCUCGUCGCACCAGACGACGACGACCCCGACGACAACGACGACGUCCCUGCACCAGACGCACUGCGGGGCGAACAACAACUGCUACGACGGGACCUCCUACGAGCCUUCGAGGGAGUACGGAUCCUCGCCGAGGGGCGAACGGACCCAGCAACCCUCGCCCGAGGCCUUCAGGAUCAACGCGUACACCUCGUCGACGGGUCACGGACCCUGUCAGGAGUACCGGACGGCCUACGAUCACCAGGGUAACGUCGCGAUGCCGCCCCACGCCCUCCACCACCACCACCACCACCACCACCACCACCAGCAUCACCUUCACCACCAGGCCUCCGAACACCUCAGGACGGUGCCCAAAAUCGAACCCCCGCCGACGCCACCCUCUCACUCCGACGAUGCUCCGGCGGUCAUCUGCGCCGGGUGCGGACUCAGGAUAUCCGACAGGUUCUACCUGCAGGCUGUCGACCGGAGGUGGCACGCCGCUUGCCUUCAGUGCUCUCACUGUCGGCAGGGCCUCGACGGCGAAGUUACCUGCUUCAGUAAGGACGGGAAUAUAUACUGCAAGAAAGAUUAUUACCGAAUGUUCGGAGGAAUGAAGCGAUGCGCUCGGUGCCAGGCCGCCAUCCUCGCCUCGGAGCUGGUGAUGCGAGCCCGCGAGCUCGUCUUCCACGUCCGAUGUUUCUGCUGCGCGAUAUGCACCAUCCCCCUGACGAAGGGCGACCACUUCGGGAUGCGAGACGGCGUCGUCCUCUGUCGGCUCCACUACGAGAUGGGCGCGGAGUUACAUCCGGCCCAGAGUCCCCCGGUCCCCGCCUACCCUCCGGGGCCUCACUACCCCGGGCAGCCCUUCCCCUCUCCGGAGUUCCUCAACCACCACCCUCACGGCCCGCACCCCGGGCACCCCGGCCACCCUGGACACCCCCACCACUCGAUGCACCCCCACGCCAGUCCCGUUCCUCUCCAGCCGCAAACGCCGUCGGGGCCUGACGGAGCUGGUUCGUCGCCCAAGGUUCCGUACUUCAACGGAGCUGCGAGCGGCGUGCCGCCUCCGAGGCAGAAGGGGAGGCCCAGGAAGCGGAAGCCGAAGGACCUCGAAGCCAUGACGGCCAGCCUGGACCUCAACUCCACCGACUAUCUGGACAUGCCAUUCGGACGAGGAGGUCCAGGAACGCCGGGGAUGCCCGGAUCCAACAGCAGGACGAAGCGGAUGAGGACAAGCUUCAAGCACCAUCAGCUGAGGACGAUGAAGAGCUACUUCGCGAUAAAUCAUAAUCCGGACGCGAAGGACCUGAAGCAGCUCUCCCAGAAGACCGGCCUGCCGAAGAGAGUACUACAGGUCUGGUUUCAAAACGCCCGCGCAAAAUGGCGACGCAUGGUGCUGAAGCAGGAGGGAAAGUCAGACAAGUGCGGCGGGGGCGUCGACGGCGGGUCUCUCGGAGACCUCGAGCUUUACGGUAGCAGCGGAGGCAGCGGAGGACCGCCGAUGAGCCCUCCGUUCAUGCUGGGAGGACCUCACAGCCCUGCAUCCUUGGCCUCGCUGGACUGCGCGUGAUGGGCAGCCGCCGCUAUUUACACGAGGGCGGAUCGCGUCUGCUAACGUGGAGAAACAACCGCGCCACAGCUUGUUGGCGGAGGAACACCCGCGUGAGGAACACCGCGAGGUGGCUUCCUGUCGUUUCUUUCCUAUCUACGAUAGAUACCGUGUUCGAUCAACGGCUCGAGUAAGGGAGAAGGAGGCAAAAAGAUAAACAAAGAGAGGGAGAUGGGAAAUGAAAGACAAGACACUACGGGGAAUGAGAAAGAAACGGAGACGCGGAGAGGCGCACGGCGAGAUUUAGUAAACCGAUUUCAUAACGAGAUAUAACCAUUUGUAUAUUAUGUUGUACCGUCGUAUGACGCGUUAUGUAAUGUAUAUGUAUAAUAAUAUGAUGUAGAGGUGCCGUGACGACCAAGACUGUACAUUACAAUACGAUACUUGAGGAUUAAGGUAACUGUGUAAUUAUCUUUUUUUUUAGAUCGUUUCAUUGUAAUUUUUUUUUGUUUGUUUUUUUUUUUUUGUCUAUUUUUUCCUUAUUUAGGUAGUUAUUUUCUUGUUCGUACGCGUACACGCAAUUUGUGAAUAUUUAUUUAGACAGUAAAGCAGGAAGAGAAGGAACGGGUUAAAGAAAGAGAAGUGGUAAGAAAAAGAAUGUAAAAAUCAUUUAUAGGCUUAUAUAUGAUAUAUAAAUAUAUAUUAUAUAUGAUAAUAUUACCACUUAAGAUAUUGACGAAGUAAUGAUGAAUAUUGUUGUAUUGCUUAGGUAUAUGUGUCGGAGAUGAAUAUAUAGAUGUAUAUAUAUUUAUAUAUUCGCAGUGUACUGUACAGUUGACAAGCGUGUGAAAGAACUCCAGUACGUAUAUAAUUAUAUAUAUUUAUUAAAGAAAUCGCAUAAUGAAAAGUGUAGUCGCGGGAGUUUUUUCUUCUCUCUAAUAUUCUUAUUUAAUUUUAUCCUGAUUCUCAAACCUUACAAUUUUUGAAUCAAAAUUUCAUCAUGCAUCUACUGUUCGGAUUUAUAUCGUUAUUAUGACGAACGUUCGGAGCAAUACGGAACUUGCUCAGAAGAUGUACGAUGAAUGAACAAAUAAAUAAACAAAUGAAUAAAUGAAAAAUUCAUUAUCACAGAGAGCACAAAACUCUUCGAGGUAUACAAUAUAUAUGUAAAUAAUAAUGACGAAACGUUCCUGAAUUUUCUUAAGCACCGCUAAGCUCUAGGUCUGUAUUGUAUUACGAUACUAGCAUUACUAAAAUUAAUAAUGAUAAUUAUUAUCCUUGUAACACACCGGAACGAUUAUCUGACUUUACAAGAUGAUUUUUUUCAUUAAAU